AUGGAACCAAGAAAAGUAGCCACUCUAACUGUUUUGAAGAAAGAUGAACCCCAUUUAGUUCAACAGGAAAACAUCAAAGCUGCCUCUGUUUUGUGCGAUUUGAUAAGAACUUGUAUUGGACCAAAAUCUAUGCUUAAAAUGAUUCUAACGCGCAUAGGAGGAAUCGAACUGACUAAUGAUGGUAAUUGUGUUUUACGUGAGAUAGAAGUAUCUCAUCCAGUGAUUAAGUCUUUGAUUGAAUUAUCAAGGACUCAAAGUGAAGAGGUAGGUGAUGGGACGACUAGUGUUGUGGUUUUAGCUGCUAAUUUAUUACAAGGAUUACUACCCCUGCUUAAAGCUAAAGUACAUCCAGUUAGGAUUUGUGCUAGUCUGAAAAAAGGACUGGAGAUUGUUUUAGGGUCGUUAAAGAAGAAUUCUUUUGAUUUUAGUUUAUUACGUAAAGAUAAGAGUACUAAUGAGGAAAUAAUUGUUAAAAAAGUUAUUAGUCAGGCCUUAUCUACUAAAUUUUGUUAUCGGUUGCUUAAAUUAGAAGAUAUAGCUUAUCAAGCUGUAUCUUUGGUUAAACAAAAAGAUCAAUCUGUAGUGGAUACUAAACAUGCUAUCAGAGUUGAGAAAGUCUUAGGGGGACGAGUGGAAGAGUCUUAUGUUUUGCCCGGUGUACUUCUACAGAAAGAAGCAGUGGAUGUACGUAUGCCUAAACACUUGGUGCAGCCACGGGUUGUACUGGUGGAUUUCCCUUUGGAGUAUCGGAAGGGUGAGAACCAAGCGGCUAUUGAGAUGCAUCAGAAAGAAGUCUUCUCAGCGGCUUUGGCGGCAGAAGAGGCCCAGAUUGAGAAAUCUGUGCAGAUACUCUUAUCUUUACAACCUAACUUGAUUAUCUCUGAGAAGGGAAUUAGUGAUCAUGCAGCUGCUAUCUUAGCUAGGGCUGGAGUGGUUGCUUUAAGAAGAGUUAAGAAAUCAGAUCUUAUUAGAUUAUCCUUAUGUACUGAGGCUAGUAUUAUCUCUAGAGCAGCUGAUGCAACGGCUAAGGAUGUAGGUCAGGCCCAGGAGUUUAAGAUGAGCUGGAUUAAUGGUGAGGCUUAUGCUACUAUUCUCGGGAAUGCUCAAGCUAAAGCCUGUACGGUUGUUCUAAGGGGACCUUCUCGAGAUGUCUUAGGCGAGUUAGAACGUAAUUUACGUGAUGCUCUAGGGAUUGCUAAGAACUUAGCUACUAGUCAGCACUUAGUUUAUGGCGGUGGGGCUAUUGAGAUGGCGGUAGCUGAAAGUUUAGAAAAGGCUAGUAAUGGCCUGGGUAGUGAAGUUGGCGCCUGGGAAAAGGAAGUCUUUUUAGUGAUGGCUCGGGCUUUCCGAUCAAUUCCUGGCUUAUUAAUGGCUAAUUCCGGGCGGAGUAGAGUACGGGCUGGAAUGUUGGAGUUGGAGGAGUACCAUCGGCAGGAGAAGAGUUCUUAUGGUGUGGAUGGGUUGACGGGUGAAGUAGGGGUGAGUACGGUUUAUGAGUGCUUGGUAGUGAAGGAGCAAGCAGUUAAGGCAGCGAUUGAGGGGGCUAUUAUAGUCCUACGGGUUGAUGGGGUAGUGAAGCAGUCGUAG